UGAAGGUGCCAGAGACGGCGACAUGGCGGGCGCAACUGAAGAUGCUAAGCGCAAAGCGACCUCCGAAGCCACCAACGCUUCUUCUCCCAAACGUGCCAAGCAGUCGAAUCCCUCGACACCUUCUGCUACCGACGAUGUCUCUGCCCCGCCCGUCAAACGCAUCGUGCCAUUUCCCGAGAAGCCUGCUGUUAUCGAGGAAAGGAAAGGCGAUAUCGAGUUCAGGGUGGUCAAUAAUGAUGGGAGAAGGGAGAGCACCAUCAUCUUGACGGGCCUGAAGUGCAUAUUCCAAAAACAAUUACCUAAGAUGCCCAAGGACUACAUAGCACGCCUCGUCUACGAUCGGACACAUCUGAGUAUUGCCAUCGUCAAGAAUCCGCUCGAGGUGGUGGGAGGCAUAACCUAUCGCCCCUUCGACAAAGGCCAGUUCGCCGAGAUAGUCUUCUGUGCCAUAUCGUCAGACCAGCAAGUCAAAGGCUAUGGCGCCCACUUGAUGUCGCAUUUAAAAGACUACGUCAAAGCCACCUCUCAAGUAAUGCACUUCCUCACCUACGCCGACAACUACGCUAUCGGCUACUUCAAAAAGCAAGGCUUCACCAAAGAAAUCACCCUCGAAAAAUCUCGCUGGAUGGGCUAUAUCAAGGACUACGAAGGCGGCACCAUCAUGCAAUGCUCCAUGGUACCCAAGAUACGCUACCUAGAGAGCGGUAGGAUGCUCUUGAAGCAGAAGGAGUGCGCCAACGCCAAAAUCAGAGCCGUCAGCAAAAGCUACGAAGUCCACCAACCUCCGGUGCAAUGGUCCAAGGGAGAGCCAAAAGCCAUCGAUCCUCUCACCAUCCCCGCUAUCAAGAGCUCCGGCUGGUCUCCUGUUAUGGACGAGCUCGCCCGCGCGCCCCGCCACGGGCCCAACUAUAACGCCCUACUCCACCUGCUCAACGAUAUGCAGAACAACUCCAACGCCUGGCCCUUUCAGCAACCCGUCAACAGGGACGAAGUCCUCGACUACUACGACGUCAUCAAAGAGCCCAUGGAUCUCGCAACUAUGGAGGAGAAGCAUGAGAAGGAUCUAUAUCCCACGCCUGAGGAUUUCAUAAGGGAUGCCAAGUUGGUUUUUGAUAACUGUCGGAAAUACAACAAUGAAAGCACGCCGUACGCAAAGGCUGCGACGCGGUUAGAGAAGUACAUGUGGCAGCGAAUUCGGGACAUUCCAGAGUGGUCGCAUCUUGAAGGCGAGUUGACUGGAAAAUAGGGGCCUUGCCCUCUGCAUGAAAUACAUCUCCUGCCUCGUUGGGGAUCAUACGUUGGGUUAUGGCGUUUGCUAAUAUUAAUAUGGGUAGAACUUCGUAAUUCUUAGCAUUAAAGUGGCGUAUGGUGUUUGGAUGGGCCUUAUACCCUUUUUCGCGCUCGUAGGCUUUGAUGGACUGGGGAUUCAUCCGACGGAGUUUAGAAUAUCGUGUUGACAUUAGUACUGCGUAAAAUGUCACGUUCAUCUCGCUCUCUCAUGGCCUCACCACUUUUCUCUACAGCAAAACGCUCUGUCCCUUGCUCGGCCCUACACACUUCUAAGCACGUCAUACGUCAAGUCUCCUCUCCAGCGUAUGGAGCACGAGCGGAGAAUUGUCCGCGGAGCUGCAUGAAGACGGUUGCUUGGCUACCUACUGUGGAAAAGACCGUCACUGCACGAGCAGCAUCCGAGCUUUGAUAAUGCAUGCAUGCCCCCUUAGUC